CUUACGUUUUUUUUUUAGAACUAUUGUGUGUUUGGAAGGCAUGGACGAAGUAUCAGCAUUUGCAACCUAUAGAAAGAGCGGCCUUAGCAAGUCAUUCAAAAAUCAAACCAACAAUAAAAAAAUCAAAAAUAUUUCCUCGAAAUCUACCCUUCAAUAUGGAAAAAAUACUCAGUCCAUUGUCCAAAAACUAGAAAAAGUUAAAAAAGUCAGCAAAAAAAGAAAAUCCAAAGACAGCCAUGCGGUUGCUAAACGAAAACAAAGAUCAAUGGAACUUUCAAGUAGUGUUGCACAUGAAGAACAAAAAAUAGCACAACAGAAUAAACAGAAAAAGUUUAUUAUCGAUGAGGGGCCCACGUGCAAAAAUAACGGAAUCGAAGUUAAUACACAACUUCAUAAUGAUAGUAUCAAGGACGGUACAAAGCUGUUCAAAUGGUUAAUAUCGCCUAUUGGAGUGGAAAUAUUCUUUGAAAAGUUCUGGGAAAAAGCCCCUUGCCUUAUUGAGCGGGACAAUCCCAGUUACUUUAGUAAGUUGAUUUCCUUUGAAAUUAUUGACAAGAUGUUGAUCAAUAAUCACAUCGAAUUCACCAAGAACAUCGACAUUACCUCAUACAAAAAUGGUGUUCGUAAUACUUUAAAUCCAGAAGGACGCGCAAUACCACCAGUAGUCUGGGAUUACUAUGCGAAUGGAUGUAGCAUACGUCUGCUAAAUCCUCAAACUUAUCUCUCUCCCAUAUUUGCAAUGAAUACAUCUCUGCAAGAAUUAUUCCAUUGUAUGGUUGGCUCCAACGCGUAUCUAACUCCUCCCAAUUCACAGGGGUUCGCUCCACAUUACGAUGAUAUCGAAGCUUUUGUUCUUCAAAUUGAAGGGCGAAAACGAUGGAAAUUAUAUAAUCCCCGGAAAGAAAGUGAGCAGUUGCCACGAUUUUCAUCUGAAAACUUUGAACAAAAUAAAAUAGGAAAACCAAUCAUGGAGAAGGUGCUUAUGCCUGGAGAUAUCCUUUAUUUUCCACGUGGAACAAUACAUCAGGCGUUCACUGAGCCUGGAUUCCAUUCGUUACACAUAACAUUGAGCGUAUAUCAAAAACAAUCAUACGCUGAUCUGUUUGAAAAAAUGUUUCCGAUGAUCCUUCAACGUGCUAUAGCGGAAAAUGUCGAAUUCCGGCGAGGUCUACCGUUAAACGUGUGGCAUAAUGCUGGAAUUGUUUACUCUGAUAUUUCGACACGAGAACGAAAAGAUUUUCUCCGAAGGUGUCGCGAUCUUAUUUCGAAAUCCUUAGAAGAAAUUCCAAUUGACCAAUCUGUUGACCAAUUAGCAAAGAAGUUCCAACAUGAAGCGCUUCCUCCAAACAUCACUGACCAAGAAAUGAACAGAACAGUGUUUGGGAGCAAGAACACGGUGAACUCUAAAGGAAUGUUGGUUUGUGACUAUUCAAUCAACUCAAUGACUAAAGUUCGCUUGUUAAGGGCCAAUAUAAUGCGUCUGCUAGAAGAGGAGGAAACUAUUCGUAUUUACUACUACGUGGAUAAUUCCAAAGAGUACUGUGAAUAUGAUCCUAACUAUAUUGAGAUAGAAAGUGACUGUGCAAGCAGCGUUGAGGUUUUAAUUAAAUCCUAUCCAGAAUAUGUUGCUGUUAAUGAAUUACCAUUAAAUGAUGACGAAGAUAAGAAAAUAGGCAUUGUGACAGCACUGUGGGAGAGAGGGCUCUUAAUGUUUGAAAAACCUUUUAAUUGUUAAAAUACUUAACUAUUUUAAGUUUAAAAUUACAUACUAAAUGUUAGGUAAUAAACUUUAAACUGACGCAAAAAAACUGGGAAGCAA